UAAGACCCCGAUUUUGGUUUGAAUCUGUGUUUUAUGACUAGGAUUUUUUAGGAAUUCCAUAUAUUUAUAUAUCUCCUGCUCCCCUUUUUUGCAUCCUUUGCAAUUUCCUCUUUUUUUUUUUGCAACUGGGUGCAUUUUUUAAAAGCAAAACUCGGGUCUAUCUAUCUAUCUGUCAAUAACUGAGACAGAAUUUCCACCGGAUCCGUCUCGUGUGAACCCAAAGCGAAGUGAAUCACUCACUAGCAAGAAUCGGGUUCCCUAAUUGGAUCCAAAGGGAGACCCAGUUUUUUCCCCCCUGGGCCAUGGGAAGGCUCCAAGGCUUGAGGACCUGGACACGUGUUGAUGAUAUUCCAUGUAUGAAUUUUCCACUUGUGGAGCUGUUGAACACCUUUGGCAGGACUGUAUCUAAGUUAACAUAAUUCUUCAGUCCAGUGAGCUUCAGAAGAUGGCUCCAUUGACCCGCAAGAGCUCGGCUGAACGUAAGGCAGAAGCGGGCUACUGUGCCUGGAAAGGACAGCUCUUCAUUCAAGAUCAUCAAAUCUCUGACAUGGCUCUCCGAUCAUCAUGUCGAUUUUCUAUCCCAGCACAGCUGCCAACCAAACUAGAGAUCAGACAUGCUGCGGAUGUGUCAGAAUUGAGAAAAAAACUGCCCGACGAAGCAUUUCGAAUAAAAAAUUAUUCCAAUCAUGAAGUCAAAUGUCAAGACUCCUUAUUCUGUUUAUACGAAGUGGAAAUAUUAAAUCAAAAUGAACCAAAAGUGGUGCAGUUAAUAGACAGUUUGAAAGAAAAAAAGCUGGCACUUGUCAAAUAUCUAAACGACCAAGGGGCUCUCAUCUUACUUGCCUCCUCUGCCUUUGUGGAAGAAAAAGAAGCUGGCUUAGACGGACAUCCGCACCUUCAGGCCUUGUUUCUGAUUUCAUCACCAGAGUCAAAGAAUACAACAGCAAGCGACUGGAAAUGUGAAUGCAAGGACAAUGAGAGAUUGUCGCAAGUCGCUUUGGUUCUGCCCGCCCUGCGCCAUGCCUUGCUGGAAGGUGCCCAGCCUCCAGGCAAAGAAGGCUCUCCUCCUGGCACUUUGGUUCAGUGGCGGAUCCGGGAAUUUGCAAAGCAGUGUAAGAAGUCAGUGGCCGUUUCCUACACUCCCGAAACCCCGCCCGUCUCUUUCGAUACGUUCCUAAAAAAGUCUGAGCUUGAAGCUGUCUCUGAAAAAUACCCUCCAAACUCUUUCGCCUACUUGCAGCAUUACUUGUUGCACCCACAAAACUAUAUGUUGGAAAUGACAGUGGCUGUGGCCUGCAUGGAUGCCACUUCUGAGUCUCCCAAUAAUGCCCAGGACCCAGACAGUUCUUCCGGCUCAAAUCUGGACCUAAUGUCUCCCGAGGCGCAGUUGAAUCCGCAGAGCGGUGAAGAUGCCACAAGUACGGACCUGGCGGGUGGGAGCCCUUUACAGCCCUGGAAGAGGAAAUCCAGCAGGCUCCUUGGGGCAAGCGCCCGGAAAAUAUGGUCCCCGCUGAAAGCUCUGUGCCUCAUUGGAAAUAGCAACAAGCGGAAGAAACUCAAGAAGAGCCCCUCCCCACCGGCUUUUAAAACACUGGAACCCCCAGUAAACUCUCAGAAACUCACACUUCAAUUAAAAAAACUCCAGAAUCCACUAAGGGGGAAGAGGGGUGCCGAGGUUUUGUCUGCAGAAUUUGUGCAAGAAACACCACCCGAGUCACCCAUCAAUACCAUAUCCUCUCCUGGGACGGAGAAAAAGGCCCGGCUCUUGAGGCACAAAAAGGAUGAAGAAAAGCCCCAAAGCGAGGAACGAAUGGAGACCGGGAGGCGUGUGACAAGGCGAAGUGCCCAGCGUCGUCUGGAGGAGACCACCUUGGAAGCCCAGAAGGAGGAGGGCGAUGAGAACGACCCUGAGAGAGCAGCGGCUGGGAAUGUUGAUCCCUCCGGGAACAAAAAGGGAUGCGACUCCCAUGCUUUGAACCUGUUGGCUGAUCUUGCUCUGAGUUCCUGUAAUUCUCCCUUGAUCAGUAACAGCAGCCAGUCCUCUUUGCCCGACAGCCCCUUGCAUGAAUGCCACAAUCCGCAAAGAGGGGAAGUGUUGAACGACUCACUGGAUGAAGAAUACGACAGAGACACAGAGACACUACAAGGUGGAUCCCUUUCUGGCAGAGCUCGUCAGCACUUCGUUUCAUCUCCUGGGGAAGUUGGGCUGAGCCCGGAAUUGCCUUCGAGCUCUCAGGAGGAAACCUAUGCCAGAAAAAAGGGGAAUGCAAAAUCUGGUUCGUCAAAGUCCUGCACAUCGGGAGAGACUUCGGACUCGAGCGUCCAGUCUUUGAUUUCCAGCGAACACUCGUACGCCUCUCCAUCUUAUUCAAAGAGAAGAGCACUAGGUUAUCCAAGUUCAAAGAAUGGUGAGAAGUAUGUGAAAUACGGGCCUCUUCCUGGGAAAGUGUUACCUUUCCGGCAUCAGCAGAACAUUUGCCAUCAGCAGAAGAGGAUGAUGGACAGUGUGCACUUUUCCCGCUCAGCCAUCAUGGCUGCAAGGUUAAAGGAAGACUUCGCCAAGUACCACAAUGUGACUUUUUGUGACAGAACUGUGAAAGUGACCUUUCAGUGGGAGGCCAAUUACCAUUUUGGUUUGGAUAGCAAAUAUACCAACAAUUCCUUAGAGAAAACCAUUGUUCGAGCUGUGCAUGGGCCCUGGGACGUCAGCCAGUCCAAUGACAUAGAAGAAAUGAAGCUGAUCCUGCACAUGUGGGUGGCUCUGUUUUACAGCAAGCCCUUCAAAUACCCGACUGUAAGGAAAGUGGUUGAGCACAACAACCCGGCCAAAUACAUAUCGCUGAACAGUGUUAUAGACCCUAUGGAGCUCAUUGACGAUUUGGAGGGUGCUUGCAGCUUGAAGAGAUGCCCCGCUGAUUCUCUUUCCGAGGCGAACCCACGGAUGCCGAGACAAGUUCAAGAGAGAGCGGUUUCUUCCACUGUCAAACCCCUCUCAUGUAAUGAACUGUCCUCGACAAAUCAUGUCGAGGAUGAGUUUCCCGCUGCCGAUCCCACGGAACCCCACAGUCGUCCUUCAGAGAUCCAAAGCAAUGCCAGAACCUCUAAGGAUACAGUUUCUCCCCUGGAUAAGGUAACUGAUGGGGAGCCUGGAGGAGAGUCGCAGCUGAUUCGUACCAUCCCUCUUGAAAGCCCACAUGGGAAUUUAUCACGCGAAGCCAGCAAUGGUGGAUUUGAGCCUAGAGAAUUGGGAGCAGGUGCAGAAGCAGAACUGGGCAAAGUGAUUGGCUCAGGUGAAGUUUCACAGAGUGAUUCUGCUCCUGCAGUUGCCAAACUCCCAGAAAAUUCAGGAGCCAAGCAGAAUUCAGAACCUUCAGCGGAGAGUCAGGAAAUAAGCAACGCUACUCCUGUAGAAGAGAAGAAUGGGAGCCACCCGACCGGUGGAAUUGGGUUGCUGCAUCCUGCUGAAGAAGCCUGGCAAGAGGAAGAUGGCCCCCCAAGGGGAGUAACGGUAGAGUCACAGGAUCUCCCCAUGGAUGAAGAAGAGGGAGGUGAAGAGAGCAUGGACUGGGAGUCCAUUGAUCUGGCUCUUUCAGAUAGCAAUGAUGCAGAUGAGGAAUCCCGAAAUGUGGAUCUGGAUCAAGAGGGUGAUGAACUUCUUGAGGAAAAUGGUGUGAAAGAAGAGGAAGAAACAGGCAUUAUGCAUUGCAUGGCGUCUCCUGCUGAUAGUCUUUUCACUUCUGUAACAUCAUCAGUGCCUGAAUUGUCCCAAGCCAGGCAGACAGAAUUAUUGACUGAUCCUCAGACUGAAAAAGAACCCCAGGACUUGAAAGCAGGCAGUCAGGAGUUUGAAGAUGAAAGGGGUUGUGCUAAAGACGACAAUCUUGGGACCCCAUCUCCAAUUCAGGAAGUCACAUCUGAUGAUACAAUGGAGCAGGAGACUGUUGCCGUAUCUGAAGAUAUCAAGUCCAUCCUUUAUGAGUUGAUAGAUACUGUGAGUGCCAUGAAUGUAGAGAGUGGAGAAACAUGCCCUCAAGAGCCCUCAGGCUCAAACUGGAUGAGUUCUGUAACUCUGGAGUGUGUGACUCCUCCUGACAGUGACGAAGAGAGCACUAUAGCUGACCAGUUUGCCCAUACUGACCAAAACUGGAAGAUUACUGAAGGUGUAGAGCAACGUAGCACCUUGGCUCCCCAGGAGAGAGCUACUUCACAAGGGCAAGAACUGAACCAUUCAGUAUUGCAUGGAAACAUGAGGUGUGGCCAGAUGUUUGAAAGAGAGACUCUUCCAGAGAGUGAGCCUGCUUCCCCUGCUCUUGGUGUCCUUCCAAGUUCUUCUGGCACAGAUUGGUCAGUAACAAGGACUACAGGGCUAUUAUGCGAAACCCCAAUGGUCAGAACAUCCACACCGAAAGAGGAUGUUCCAUCUGUUUCCAUGUUGUGCGAAAGUGAAGUAAGACAACUCAGCCAUGAAGCAUCCAUGUCUGAAAAGGAAGACCAGUUCAGCAAGACAGGUGUAGAAAUCAUGCCAUGUGUCCCAGCAGAACAUCAGACUGAGUAUUCAUCAAAAGAAGGGGAGGGGGACACAAGAGGUGACCUAGCUGUUUCUGAAGAUGUACAGCUUGAAGGUGCAAGACCAAGUUUGGAGGAGUCUGAACAUUCUCUCCAUGAAGUCAGAACAGAAUAUGUGGGAAGUCCAGAAGGUGUCCUGUUUGGUGAAAAGGCACAGUUGCCUUCCAGAGCUUCAGAUAUGAAUAAGAGCGUGGAAGAUGACUCUCUCACAAUGGAUGAGGACCAAGAAGACGUUGGCUCAUACCACAGUAAUAAGGCUGGUGGUUCUUGUUAUACUAGAUCCACCAGUGGACCAGAAAUGGCGGUAGCUAGUAAUGUUCUUGACUUGAGCCCCAUCAGGACUCAGAGUGACAGGAUGUACCAGAAAAACACAGAGAGGUCACCAGCUCUUGAGCCUGAUGCUGUGGAACAUGGCCGGCCUCAUGCGCCCAAAAAAGCUGAUAGGGCUCUCAGUACCAGCAAUGAGUCAGUUCCCCCAAAGCAGUAUGUGAACUUUUCAGUCACCAAGAAGCACAAAGAGAAAACAAGGUUUAUUCACUCUUCCAAGAGGCGCGAAAGUUUCAUGGGAGAUCUGGGAUUAAUGAACUCCUUGAGUAGGACAUGGAGAACAUGGAGCGAUCCCGUCCAAGACACUCUAGACAUGGAAUGUUUGCGUUUCCAUGAUAAGGUAAAGCAGAUCCUUAGGAAACCUCAACCACCUACCUCCGCUGAUAGCUUGUCGCCGCCAGUUGCAGCAGAAUCAUUGUUAAGAAAGGUACCUGGAACCCCUCCUUUGAACCCCCCUCCCAGAAGCAGAAGUCCCCUUCUGAUCACUGUAGUGAACCCAAGCGUGGUAUACGGUCCCCUAUACUGGCUCCCGAGAAGAAGCCGACACAGAGACGCCUUUGAGCCCCCUCCCCGCACUUCCGCACACGAUUCGCUUAGCAAAGCUGCUAGAUUCAAAGGUCAACGCCAAGGGUCAUGUUCUCCCUUUCACCUCAAUAAACUGAACUACAGGAAUAAGCUAAAAGAUUCCCGAGGAGAUAUCUCGGUUAUUAUGGACGAGUUUGCAGAGUUCAGCCAGGUGAUGACGCAAGACAGUAGGCCAACAAGUAGUAAAGGCCAAGAACCACAAACUACCUCAGAAGAUGCUCCAGAGAAAAGAGGGACCUCAUUGCCCCCACGGACAGUGUCCUACGAGCACCUCUUCGGCGAACUGUGCAACACACUGCAUUUCAGACUCAAAAAUGUUGCCCAAGAGGCGUGCAAAAAAACGUAUGCGUUCUACCUGAUGGAAACGGAGGACGGGCCUUUCUUUGGGAGAGUAAAGAAUUUGCUGAAGAAAGGGGGCCAUACAGAAAUGGACCCUCUGCUUUUCUGUAAGGUGAACCACAUGGAAACAGAGCGACUGAUGGUCAUCAUUAGGAACGAGGACAUCUUUCAACACAUACAUAAGAUUCCUUGCUUGCUGAGGCUGAAGCGCUUUCCCAACGUGAUGUUUGUGGGCAUCGACAGGCCAGAGGACCUCCUGGACCAGACCUACCAGGAGCUCUUCCACAGCGGAGGCUUCGUGGUGUCUGACGACAAAGUGCUGGAGACCAUGACCAUCGGAGACCUGAAGGAGAUGGUCAAAACCUUAGAGAAGCUGAAUGGAUACGGGAGGUGGAGGUGGCUCCUCCACUACAAAGAGAUCAAGAAGCUCAGAGAGGAUGCAAGGUGAGAAGGUCCUCCA